AUGUUCAAACGAGUGGCAAAGGAAUUGAAAAAGCAGCAAAUUGAAGACAAAGAAUUUGAUGCUAAUGAUGACGAGGAAAGAUUGGCUGGUGCCUUCUCUUCCGACGAGUCCAAUACUGACAGCGACAACUCUGACGAUGAAGAAACAAGAAGAUACAAGAAAAGAGCUAGAAAAGCCCUCAUUCAAACUAUGAAUCAGUUAGCUGAUGAAUCUGAGUCUUCUUCAGACAGUGAUGAUGAUGAUGAUGAUGAUGAUGAUAGUGAUAGCAACAGCAGCGAUGAUAAUGACGAAGAGUUAGUUGCAGAAACAGAAGAAAAUGAUGAAGAUGUAGCAUCAGCUACCAAUUUGGUUUAUGCUUGUGAUAUUUGUCCUGAUAAAAAAUUGAAAACAGAAGAGCAAGUAGAAGAACAUCUUAACAGUAAAUAUCAUAAACGACGCGAGAGAUAUUUGAUCAGACAAGGUGUGAUAGAAGGUGAAAUUGAGGAUAAUCAAAAGGACAAACCAAAAGAAGAUAAAGCAGAAAAAAGAAGAAGAAAGAGAAAAGAGUACAAGCAGAAAAAAUGGGCAAAGAAGAACAAGCUUGCUGCCGCGCAAAAGGAGGGCAAAACCAAGGAUGCUGAAACAGUUAAAGUGGAAAAGGAACAACAACAACCAUUGAAAGAAAAUACCAAGGAUGAUACAAACAAUAAACCCAUUGCAAAGGCGAAAGGGAAAGCCGCCUCCAAAAAGACCAGCAACGAUAAGCCCACAGUAAUGGACGACAAAAGAAAGGCAAUGCAAGAUGAUAUCAAGCCCAAGAAGGAAAACAAAAAGGUCGCCAAAAAGUCAAAGAAUUGA